GGGAGCUAAAUAAUUAAAAGUCCAUAUUAUUUAGUUAACUAAAUGUGAUCAUAUGAAUUAUUAUAUGAAUUUUAAUUCCCGUUCUCUUUGAACUUCUUUAGGCUUUUAGGAAUGUCGAAUUUAUCAUUGAGAAGUAUCUUGGAUACAUGCAAGCUUACUGGACCAAACUUUCUGGACUGGGAAAGAAAUGUGCGUUUAGUUCUUAGACAAGAAAAUAUUGAGUAUGUGUUAGACACGCCGGUACCCAAGAUUCCUGAUGCUAACUCUCCCGAGUUUGCCACGUUUGACCUGACUGCUCGAGAGAAACAUGUUACUGAUGCUAAAACCGUGCAAUGUGUUAUGUUGGCUGCAAUGUCUAUGGAGUUGCAAAGGCAACACGAUAGGAUGAGCGCCUUCGAGAUGCUUGAACACUUGAAAAGUCUGUUUGAUUCAGAGAGUCAGACUUUAGAGUAUGAACUUCUGACAGACAUUUUCAAGUGUAGGCUUCAAGAGGGUGGCAACGUGUCUGAGCACGUCCUCAAAAUGAUUGGCUUAAUUGAAAGAGUUGCUACCACCAGAAUUAAGUUUGAGGAUCGUGUCUCGGCUGCUAUCAUCCUAUAUUCGCUUCCGAGUUCAUUUACUAACUUCAUUGUGAAUUAUAAUUUGAACAAAACGAAAGCGACCAUGCCUGAACUCCAUAACAUGCUCAAGUCUUAUGAAGCCUCAACCUCUAAAGGAAAGACUGUUCUUAUGAUAAGCUCUAAUGCUAAGUCUCGUUCUAAGAACAAGAAUAAGCAAAAGAAGAAAGGUAAGGUUGGACCUACUCCUACAGCUCUGAAGCCUAAAGGUGGAGGUCAUAUGAAGCCAAAGGUUGCAAAGGAUGUUUGUCUCUACUGCAAAGAAAAGGGACAUUGGAAGAGAGAUUGUGAGCUGUAUAAGGCUAAUCUAGCCAAAGCACCAGGUGUUUCAAGCUCAGAAGCCUGAGAAGCAGUGUAGCAGUUGGACUGGGUAAAAUUGACCUACGCGUGAAGACUGGAGCAAAAGUUGUUGUUGAACGUGAUAGGAUCUUAUAGUUUAGAUUUGCCCGG